AUGAUCGGAAUUAUAUUUGCACACCAACGUUGGGCAAUUGCUGUACUGCUUAUUCUCACAUUUUUGAUACUCUAUAUAAGCAAGAGGGAGCGGUUUUCGUUCGCAGGAACAGAAGAAGCCAUGAGGAUACUCGAAGAAAACGAGCUCAAAAUAAGGAGAGACAUCAUUUGGACUGCAAAAGGACCAGUAACCUACGAAGAAGUUGAACAAAAUGUCUUUCGCCCAAACAACUACAAGAUUGUUGAAUACACUUUUCCUAUUCCGAAAUUGGAUUUUGUUGAGAAACCCUCUUGUGCAAAGAUUUUCGGAGAGUGGUUGUCUGUAGCCAAUAGAACGAGUCCUGAAAUUCCUCCAAAGACAAUAGAAGAGAGCGAAAGAAACGCUUUCCUUUUGAAUGGAUACACACACCUCAAUCAGAGCGCGUAUUACAACGACAAAGCAAAACCACAAAGUGUUGUUUGGAAUAACAUUCAGUCGAUGAUGACAUCUCCUAAACAAGUUGUUGGCUAUGGAGAAGAUGGGUUAGCAGUUCAUUAUGCUUUGAAAGACUAUCCCGUAGUAAAUAUGACUGGUUUUGUGAUUGGAUCUUUAUGGCCGUGGGUGGAAGUACAAGCACUUCGCAGUGGUGCUGCUCAGGUACUUACUGUUGAAUACCAAGAUAUAAAAAUUGUUGGAACGGAGAAAAUCAAAUAUAUCCAUCCUAUCAAAUUCGCAGAAGAUUGGAACGUAAAUCUGGAAAAAUUCGAUUUUGCUGUCUCAUUUUCUUCCAUCGAACAUAGCGGUUUGGGAAGGUUCGGUGAUCCGCUAGAUCCAAUUGGUGACCUUAGAGAGGCGCAGAAAGUGCUGUGUUUGCUGAAGACAGGAGGUCUUUUCUACCUCGGUCUUCCUCGCGGUAAAGAUACCAUUUACUAUAACGCGCAUCGUAUUUACGGUCGGAUGCGUUUAGCUAUGAUUAUGACAGGUUUUCAAUGGUUGGCUACGUACAGAGGAGGCAACCCUCAUCCAAUUACCACAACUGAGGAUGAUUUCAAGGAAGUGUCAGACCCCCAAGAUCUGUUUGUUUUGAGGAAGAUUUGAUCGUUCAGUAUGUAAUGAAUGUUUCGUUAG